AUGAGCGACCUCGACAAGGCGAUCGCGCAAUUACGCGCCUGCCGCUUGAUACCCGAAGCCCAAGUCCGCGAACUCUGCUACAAAGCGCGCGAGCUGCUGAUCGAAGAAGGAAAUGUGGUCAGCGUCGACGCCCCCGUCACCAUCUGCGGCGACAUCCACGGCCAGUUCCACGACCUGAUGGAGCUGUUCCGCGUGGGCGGCGACGUCCCCGACACCAACUACCUGUUUAUGGGCGACUUCGUCGACCGCGGGUUCUACUCGCUGGAAUCCUUCCUCCUCCUGCUCUGCCUCAAAGUCCGAUACCCCGAUCGCAUCACCCUGAUCCGCGGCAACCACGAGUCGCGCCAGAUCACCACCGUCUACGGCUUCUACGACGAGUGCAUCCGCAAAUACGGCAGCGCCAACGUGUGGCGAUACUGCUGCGAGGUGUUCGACUACCUGGCGCUCGGGGCUCUGGUCCUGGGCGCCAGCUCGGAGCUCGACCCCUCCGGUCCCAUGAUGGACACCACGCAGUCCACCAUGCCCAUUGACGACAGCGAACUGGAGACCGAGGUCCUCAACUCCCGAGGCGAGGUCACCAUGAGCACCUACCGCCCCCGCCAGCGCUCCUCCUCCACCCUAUCCACCGACUCACGAAACAUCUCCCCGCCGCGCGACAUCUCCGCCGCCCCCGGCCAGCCACCUAUUAGAUCCGGAGCGGCGGGCACGGGCGCCUCGGGCGACGCAGGCGGGAGUCUAUCCAGCCGCACCGGCGCGGUGCUUUGCGUGCACGGCGGCCUCUCCCCCGUCAUCGACACAGUCGACAAGAUCCGACUGAUCGACCGAAAACAGGAAGUGCCGCACGAAGGCGCCAUGUGCGACCUGCUCUGGUCGGACCCGGACGAGAUCGACGGCUGGGGUCUCAGCCCCCGCGGCGCGGGCUUCCUCUUCGGCGGCGACAUCGUCAAGCACUUCAACUACAAAAACGACCUAUCGCUGGUCGCGCGCGCCCACCAGCUCGUCAUGGAGGGCUACAAGGAGAUGUUCGACGGCGGGAUCGUCACCGUCUGGUCCGCGCCAAAUUACUGCUACCGCUGCGGCAACGUCGCCGCCAUCCUGGAGUUGGGCGAAGACACCAGCAACGGCGGCACCGUCACCAGAAGUAAUGGCGACGUCGGACGAAGUAAUGGCAUUUUGGGCCCGACCAUGGGCGUCCGCAGUCCCGGGAGACGCUACAGGGUGUUCGAGGCCGCCGCCCAGGAUACAAGGGGCAUGCCUGCGAAGAAGCCUGUUGCUGAUUAUUUCCUGUGA